UGUACCAAUCAGUAUCGUUCAUUCAUUGUGCAUCAGUAAUUCCAAAAAUUUCAUAGAAUAAUAAUAAUAAUAAUGAUAAUGAUAAAAAAUAUUGAUAAACAACAUAUUUGUCGAAAAUUGAGAAGAUACUCCUCAGUUUUAUUGAAAACUUUUUUAUGAAUGAAUGACGUUCAUAUGAUUAGUUGGACGCACAACAGUAGAGCAAUAAUUUAUCAAAUAAAUUGAUGAUUUUAUUGUUGACUGAAAAUAAAACUUAUUUGAACAUUGACUGACUGCAUCGGCUACGGCUCCUACAACACUCCAUGGCUACACCAGCAGUGACUACAAACAACAGUGGCUGGUUUGUUCAGACAGCUUUAGCAACAGCCAGUUGUUUAGCGAUUGUUGUUAAUUUAUUGGUGAUAUUUGUGUUUAUACGGCGACCUGGAUUACGUACAGUUUCAAACAGAUUCGUAUUAAAUUUACUUGUCACAAAUCUUAUAUCAAGUACAAUUUUAAUUCCAUUAUUACUCGCCGAUGAAAUCACCAAACGCGUUGAUGAUGAAUCAACAAGCAUCAUUUCGACGACACAAUCAACAGAAAUCAAUACCGAAUCAAUUGACGAUAUUAUCAACGAUGACAUUCUGCUUACAGAUUCUAUUGAAGAUUAUAUAAUACAAAAUGAAUUCUCUACAUUCUCCGAGACCAAUUCAACAACAAAUUUUACAAAUGUAUGGUGGUCAAGCUGUUCACCAUUAUGUUAUAUUGCCGAAGGAUUUACCAGCUUAGUGUGCACAGCAUCAAUAUUAAGUAUUCUAUUAAUAGCUGUUGAUCAAUAUUUUGCUGUUGUACAUCCGCUUCGCUACCAUAUGCGUAUCGAUCAAUGUAAAUCAUUAGUUUUAAUUGCAACAUCAUGGAUUACAUCGAUUGUAUUUGGUAUAAUUGGUGCGGUAACACCAAGUAAAGAUGAUAGUUUAUGGAAUUUUUGUAGACAAACGGAUGUUGAAGUACCAAUAAACAAUUUUAGUUCAUAUUUACGAAUCGCAUACACAGUUUUAUACUUUUUCCUGGUGAUAUUAGUGCCUUUCUUAGCAAUAUGUGUGAUAUAUUUAUGUAUUUACUCAGCGGCACAUCGUAAUUCAGAACGUAUGCGACAUACAAACUCUGGUUCGAUUACAAUUAAUCUAGAAGCAUAUGUUCCAGUUCCAAUGAAUGGUAAUAAUGGCGACGAGGAUGCAAAAAGUGAUAUAACUGAAGAAGGUUUAAUGUUAAAAUUAGAUGAACAAGCUAAUUAUUUACAUAAACAAUCUUUAGAAACAUUAGCGGAAACACCUCAAGUUACCGUCGAAAAUUGGGAUGAUAAUGAUGUAAAUAUAGGCGGUGAAAUGAAAAAAGUUCACUCCGUACCGAUUUUCAAUACAAUCGAAGCAUCUUUAACACCAAUUAAAUCACCAACUAUUGAAAAUAUACCCGCAAUAUUUGUAAAUAAAUCAAGCUCAACAAAUUUACGUAAAUUAUCAAUAUUUGAUACAAAUUAUUUUCGUCGAAAGUCAACACAAUCAGAUACAUCAUCGAUGCCGAUUACACCGAUUGGCACACCAAAACAACGAGCGGGUAGUUUAAAAUCAACACAUAGUUUUAUGAAUACAUUAAAAUGUCGAAUUUCGAAUGCUUCACUUUUUCGAUAUCGUGAAGAAACCCGUGCUGCUAAAAUUAGUGUUAUUGUUAUUGUGAUGGUAUUAAUAUGUUACAUCCCAUAUGGUAUUGCACUAAUAUUACAUAUAACAAACUUACAAACUUCAUCAGCUUUAACGAUAUUCGAUUCAAUAUCGUUAAUACAUUUAGUAUUCUCAAGUGUAAUAUCACCAUUUUUAUUUGCGUUACGUAAUCGACGUAUAAAACGUGAAAUACGUAAAAUAUUUCAUCCAACAAAAUUGGAUGCUGAUUUACAAAAAUUAAAAUCAAAAGUGAAUAAAAAUACAAUACGACAAUUUGGUAAUAAUGUGACACAAAUCACAACACCAAAUGUUAAAAAUACAACAUUUUUAACAAUAAACAAUGAACAUUUUAGUAGUAAAAACAAUAUAAAUGUAAAUUGUAAUCAAUGUUGUAAUUGCCAACAAAAUGGUCAUUUAAUACCAUUGGUUGAUGACGAAUGUAAAAGUAUUUUAAAACGUGUUUGUGAUAAAACUAAAAUGUGGAAUACAACUAAGAAAACAUGUAAUUUUAUGACAGUUCCUAGUAUUGUAGCGGAUCAACCAAAUACAGAAUGUCGUAGUUCGUUUUCAAGUCAAAAUAGUAGUACACAAAUGUCAACUGUCAGUACAGAUAGUUAACGUUCAAUUCAUUUUUUAAAUAUUUAUUUUUAAUUUAUCUUUCGUUUUUAAUUUAGUUCAAUUUAAUUCAUUUUUAUUCCUUACUCAUAUUGAGUUUCACAUUUUACUUAUCAUGAAAUAAUAAUUCUGUUAGAAAACUUCAGAAAACUUUUUUUAUCUUAAUUAAGAAAACGUUCAAGUGCUAGGUACGGAAACCUGGUUGGCUCACCGUCGAUUUAUGAGAUGGUGACACUACACAAGCUUAUUUUUACAUGUAUACUACCCACAAGAAUAAAACCACCUAGUAAAAAAGUCACUAGUUCAUUUUCAAUUCAAGAUUUCUUAACAUUUAAAUAGCUUGCUGCAAACUUUUCAUUGAAAUAUUGAAAAUAAAAUCAUUAUUUUUAAACGAACUAUAGGUAAACACAUUUUUUUUUAUUUAAUGUAAUACUUGAACGUUUUCUUAACUUAGCAUUCCCGUAAUUGCCGAAAAAUUGCUUAGCAUUCGACGAAAAGCAAAAAAUUAAAAAAGAUAGGAGGACCAUAUCAUUCCAUUAAUAUUUAAAACAUCUGAUGAAAAUAAAAGUUUGUAAUAAUUUUAUUAAAAUGUAUCACAGUUUAGAACAGCGUCUUAAUUGUGCAAAAUUACUUCAGAAAAUGUGCAAAAUUAGUUUAGCUACAACUUU